UUUUGAUAGAUAGACCAGCAGUUUAAUGUAUUUAUAAAAUCUAAAAGCCUAAUCUGGUUUGGUUCUUUUUAUUUUAUUUUUAUUUUUGUUUUUAUUUUUAUUUUUCUCAUUGUCUAUCUCCUCCCUUUUCUCUCUCUUAGUCUGUUUCCCCAUAAGGACUGUAACAAAAUAAAAUUCCGCCAUUGACUGAUAGCUUCUGAGAUACCCAUCUGGGUCCUCUUGACUCAGAGCCAGAUCGGUUCCAGCAAUGGGCUUAAAGAAGAGAAGGGUAAGCUGUAAAAUUUUCAAUUUUGCUAUUUAUCUUCAAAAGUUUAGCUCGUGGAAGAAGAUUGCGAUGAACCCAACAAAGUGAAAGAAGAAUCCAAAUCUAUAUACAACAAAUCAUCGUCGUUUUCUUCCUCCAGCCAAUCACAUUCUUCCUACCAGCCACCGUUCUCCCAAUUGACCACUGCCACCUACUCCCCGGCCGCCGCUCUUCCGCCGGCCACUGGCUAGUGCCUCGAUGUUGCUGCUCUUUUACAAGUCUUGAACAUUCAUGGUGGGAAAGAUUUCCAACCGUAAACCAAUCAAGUCAGGUUCUUUUUUUGUCUGAAACAAGAAAUUCAAAGAUGAAUUUGAAUUUUGGAGAGGGGUUUCCGUAUCUAGGAGCAGAAGAGUUUCAGUUUGAAAGCUCUUGGGUGCCAGCAACUCCAGAGAAGCCCCCUAUUUUGGGAUCUAUUGCAAUCUCAGAUAUCCAACAAGGAAGACAUCAGGACCCAGUAAAUUCACUAGAAUUGGCAUCAAUUACAGGAAGACAUGCAUCAAAUUUUGAUUGUUUGGCUCAAAUUUUCAAUGCAAAUUCACAAGUGAGCCAAAAUAUGGGGUAUUUUCGACAUUCAGAUGGACAUCCAACAGAGAAUAACCUGAGGACUAAUGGCAGAGAUGGUUCUCAUCAACAGUCUUUACCUGAGGAUUUUGUAGGCUUGAAUAAUAAUUUAUCGUUCAUGCAACUGUUACAACAUGGGGGAGCUGAAGUCCCAUCGUCAAACACCUCGCUUUUAAGACUUGUAGAAAUGGCAGCAGAAAGACCUGUGUUGCCACAACCACCACAUCAAAUGAUCAACAUCCAACAGGAUUAUGGCUCAGGUGGUUUCAAUAUUGGUGCCGGGUUCAUCAGCAGCAUAGCAGAGGGAACUGAAAUUGGCAAUUCACAUUGGCAAGUGGGGAAAAGUUGGACUGAUUCCAACACUGCUAAUCUGUUAAUCAGAGAACAGAGUGAAUGUUCAAGUUCCAACCCACUGAAUUAUGGUGGCAGCUUACCCCAGACACUCAGCUAUGACCUCUCCACACCGUGCAAGCCAGGCUAUGAUUUGAAUUACUCACCACGUAACUCCAAUGCUCUCACAAAUGUUGUCAACUCGCCUCAUUUCACACCAGUAACACCAAAUCAUGUUACAUCGGAGAACCAGCGGUCUGCAUUACUAAAGUCCGCCAUAGAUGAAACCCCAAGUCAGGAAAGAGACACAACAAAGAAUCUAAUUGAAUGCAGAGAAGACGAAGCAAUUCAACUACAUGGUGAUGAACUCUUACAAAAGAUUGUCGACUCAUCGUCCACUGCCAUUUCUACACCAUACAAGGAAAAUAAAGACUAUAUAACUGACCUGGGCAUUGAUCUGAAUGAGACACCACAACAGAAACCACCAAAACGUAGAAAACACAGGCCCAAGGUAAUUGUAGAAGGCAAACCAAAAAGGGGCCGAAAGCCUUCAGUUCCAAAAAAUACAGAACCUAAGCAACCAAAGAGGAAAUAUGUACGCAAAAAUGUUCCAAAGGAGUCAACAUCUCAAACGGUGGAUAUGUUGGAAGAGACUAGAAAUCCUAACACUGCAUUGCCCAAAAAAAGUAGCAAGAAAGUAUUAAAUUUUGAUUUGGAAAAGAUUGGAGAUGCAAAUCUGGGCAAUAUAGUGACGCAGCAGGAGAUGCACAACAUGAAUGGAAAAGCUCCAAGUGUUACCCUGGACUAUCAAGCAACAGAGCUAUGUAAUGGAAUUAAUCAUGCAAGGGAUACAACUCCAUCCAUGCAAAGUGGCAUACCUGUUGAACAGAUGGUAGAAAACCAUUUCAUGAAUCAAAUGCCAAAUGGCAAUGUCCGUCCAUUUGACAGUCAAGCAACUGUUGCUCUGUUUGAUUCAACAAAAGAUAUGCAUGUGAAAAAUUUCAAUGAAGCUGGAAGACAUGAAAUAAACAGAAAUGUUGAUCAACAGCUAAAGAGAAAGGAAGAUGAAUACAUUCUGAAACAGCAACAAACAUGUGCAGAAGCAAUAGUCCGAGAUAGAGUUCAAAGAAGCGAUAAUUGUGAAAACCUUCAGAAGAUUACAGAACCAACAAAGCAUGCUAUGCCUCAGCCAAUUCCAAAGACUCCCUCCUCCAAUGAAGCAAGGGGGUCAAAAAGAGAUCAUUGCCACACCACUGAACAUGCACAUCUCUCAACUACAAAUCAUAUGGAUGCCAGUACAUUGUUGUACCGAGGAAUAUAUGAGAUCUGCUCAGGAAUUUCACAAACUCCUAAGAAAAAGAAAAUUGGGGAUGACUGCAGAGACACGCCUUCUAAUGUCAAAGCAGCUGAGGGUUUGGGAAAUGUUGAAACAACAAGAGCGCACAAUGUCAAUGCAAGUGGACUGAAAUCAAAAGAGAAUUGCACAUUAUUGGAUACUCAAUUCAGCAGAACUGCAGAGAGAGAAACUAAUGAAAUCAGCAUGGUCAACAUUAACAGCUAUGAUCACUCUACCCCUUCAGAGCAUAACAUACCAUAUCUCCAAAUUUUAUCCAGGCAACAUUCACAAACAGGACAGACAGGUUCUGCAAGGGCCCAGUAUCAUGCUAACAGCCUUUCCACUGGAGCCACAGUUGAAGAGAGUAAACAUCUCUCAUCCCUUCCUAAAACGUCCACCACACUUGGAAAUGCCCAAGUAUUUCAAACUUGUUAUGCUAGCAUGUCAGAGAUUAAGCAGACUAAAAAAGGCCCUCUAAUACAAUCAGCUUUGUCAGUAUUGAGUACAGUGCAGAAACCCUUGCCCAAAAAAAGAGGUCCAAAGAAGAAACAAGUACAUCCCACAGCAAUAGACGAAGUCAAUGUAAAAGCCCCUCUAAUAAAUUCAGCUUUGUCAGUAUUGAGUACAAUGCAGGAACCCUUGCCCAAAAAAAGAGGUCCAAAGAAGAAACAAGUACAACUCACAGAAAUAGACGAAAUCACUUUAAAAGCCCCUCUAAUAAAUUCAACUUUGUCAGUAUUGAGUACAAUACAGGAACCCUUGCCCAAAAAAAGAGUUUUUUAUGUAGGUCCAAAGAAGAAACAAGUACAACUCACAGCAAUAGACGAAGUCAUAUACAAAUUUCAGAGCCUUAACCUCAAUGGAAGCAGCAGUGGAUUACAAAAUCCAGACCAAAAUGCACUUGUCUUGUACCAAGGAAAUGGUGCAGUUGUUCCUUAUGGGGGUUUUGAGUUUAUCAAGAAACGUAAACCACGACCUAAAGUAGACCUUGAUCCAGAAACAAACAGGAUUUGGAAUCUUUUGAUGGGCAAGGAAGGAAGUGAAGACCUGGAAGGAACAGAUACAAAAAAGGAGAAGUGGUGGGAAGAGGAAAGGAAAGUGUUCAGUGGGAGAGUUGAUUCUUUCAUUGCUCGGAUGCAUCUAGUUCAAGGAGAUAGACGUUUCUCUCGGUGGAAAGGAUCAGUUGUAGAUUCAGUCAUCGGAGUCUUCCUUACUCAAAAUGUUUCAGACCAUCUUUCAAGCUCUGCCUUUAUGUCUCUGGCUGCACGAUUUCCUCUUAAGUCGACAGGCUAUAACACACAGGAUAAGGUCAACACAGUAAUAAUAAGUAAAGAAGCAACAAUCCCCAUACCGAAUCUAAAUGACACCAUCAAAUGGCACGAAGACUCAAGAGAACAAAUCAAUGGCCAAAACAGGGCACCCAAUCAAUCUGCUGAGGGUCAAUGGAGAGAUAAUAUAGCAAUAACCAAAAAAAACUUGACAGACGCACAAAGCCAAAGUUCAGAAGAAGAAAUCAUAUUGUCCCAAAAUUCAUUUGAUUCCUCAAUCACUCAAGUCGCUGGAGGAAUCAGAUCCUGUUCAGGCUCAAAUUCAGAGGCAGAAGAUCCUUGUACUGGAUGGAAGCCUAGCAACACCCAAGUUUCAUCCUUAACAGAUUAUCUAUUGGCGGAAAAAAGUGCCACAGUCCAGGAAGUUUAUGAUCGUGUAAAUGGAUGUACAGUAUUUGAGAAAUACAAGAGCUCUUAUUCAAUGAAACAUCCUGAUUUCCCUUAUACAAACAAUGCAGACUAUCUGUACAUGCAACCAGCUCCCCAUUCUGGAAAUGAUGAGUUGUUUAUGACAACUGACCCAAGAGCACCAGAAGUAUGUUGCUUUGAAAGCUUCAGUGAAGAAAGCACGUCAUCUUGGCAUUCAACUGGUUCCAGAUCUGUAAAGGGGCCAGAUACAGUUUCCAAAACCCCAAGGUGUAAAGAACAAGCUGAACGUCUCGGUGACAACUCUGAGCAACAGAAUCAAGUUUGGAAGUCUCAAAAAGCACCAUCAGCUGACCCUUGUGCAUUAUUAUGCUCACAAUUAACAGCCCAAGAAGCACUUCAAUCAAACAUUGAAUACAGUCGGUCUUCUUGCAACAAUUAUCAGCAUUUGAAGAAUGACAUGUUUCAAGCAGAAAGCACUUCACUUACAAACCCUGUAAAAUUUUCUGACACAACUGAGGGGACUGUCCCACAUGUCAAUAAACUCACAGGUAAAGCUUUUGAAGCUGGGGAUAGUAUUUCUGCAGUAAGUAUCCAGAUAGAGAAAGAGAAUAAGUUGGCGGAGCCAAGUUCAGACCAUACUCAAAAUGGUGCACGUACAAAAACUUCAAAAGCAAAAAGAGGCAAUGCUACAGGUCAAAACAAGAAUGAAGUUGACUGGGACAUUUUAAGACAGCAGGCAGAGACCAGUGGAGACAAAAAAGAAAAAAGAAAAGAUGCACUGGAUUCAAUUGACUAUGAAGCGAUUAGAACAGCUAAUGUUAAAGAUAUUUCUGAUGCCAUCAAAGAACGAGGAAUGAACAACAUGCUAGCAGAACGAAUCAAGGAAUUCCUAAACCGCAUAGUCAAAGAUCAUGGAAGCAUUGACCUUGAAUGGUUAAGAGAUGUUCCCCCAGAUGAAGCAAAGGAUUACUUGCUAAGCAUACGAGGACUGGGAUUGAAAAGUGUGGAGUGUGUGCGACUUUUAACACUUCAUCAUCUUGCUUUCCCGGUUGACACAAAUGUAGGAAGAAUAGCAGUACGACUGGGUUGGGUACCCCUCCAACCACUUCCAGAGUCACUUCAAUUACACCUUCUAGAACUAUAUCCGGUGCUGGAGACAAUUCAAAAGUAUCUUUGGCCAAGAUUAUGCAAACUUGAUCAACGAACACUAUAUGAGCUACACUACCAGAUGAUUACAUUUGGAAAGGUCUUCUGUACAAAGAGUAAACCAAACUGCAAUGCAUGUCCUAUGAGAGGAGAAUGCAGACACUUCGCAAGUGCUUUUGCAAGUGCAAGACUGGCCCUACCAGGCCCAGAAGAGAAAAGAAUUGUGACCUCCGAUGUUCCUACACAAGCUAACAGUCCUGCUGUAGUUAUGAAUCCUGCACUACUACCUCCACCAGAGAACAAUUCACUCAUAGAAGUUGGCUCUAAAACUGAGAAGUGUGAACCAAUCAUUGAAGAGCCUGCAACACCAGAGCAAGAAUGCAUAGAGGUGUCACAAAGUGACAUUGAGGACUCCUUUUAUGAGGACCCUGAUGAGAUUCCAACCAUAAAACUCAACAUUGAAGAGUUCACAGAAACCUUACAAAACUACCUGCAAAAGAAUAUGGAGCUCCAAGAGGGUGACAUGUCCAAGGCUUUAGUUGCCUUGAAUCCAGAAGCCGCCUCCAUCCCUAUACCUAAAUUAAAGAAUGUCAGUAGACUUCGAACGGAACACCAAGUGUAUGAACUACCAGAUUCACACCCUUUAUUGGAACGGCUUGACAAACGAGAACCAGAUGACCCAAGCCCUUAUCUUCUUGCUAUAUGGACACCAGGUGAGACUGCAAAUUGCAUUCAACCAUCAGAAAGAAGUUGCAGUUCCCAACAACCAGACAAAUUAUGUGAUGAGAAGACAUGUUUUUCAUGCAAUAGUAUUAGAGAAACAAAUUCGCAAACCGUGAGAGGGACAAUUUUGAUACCUUGUAGAACAGCAAUGAGAGGAAGCUUCCCACUUAAUGGCACAUACUUUCAAGUUAAUGAGGUAUUUGCAGAUCAUGAUUCAAGUCUAAAUCCAAUCAGUGUUCCUAGAGAAUGGAUAUGGAAUUUACCAAGAAGGAUGGUAUACUUUGGAACCUCCGUAUCAACAAUUUUCAAAGGCCUAUCAACAGAAGGAAUUCAGUUCUGCUUCUGGAAAGGAUUCGUUUGUGUGAGAGGAUUUGACCUGACAACUAGGGCACCUCGACCUUUGAUAGCCAGAUUGCAUUUCCCCGCAAGCAAGUUGAUCAAGACAAAAAAUGAUGACAAAAGAUGAAAGAGACUGAGCGACAGAUGGUUACCAGCAGCCUGUAUAAAAUAAACGUCUGUUGCACAAAACAGAUAAGACUACUGACAGGGUACAAUAGGUCAACUAACAGAUUGUUGUACAUCAACAACCAUUCUUCCUCUAACCUGAAAUGAAUUUGCCACAUCUUGGCCAGCAGGGAGCACAAAGCAUUUUCAACAUGCUGAUAGCCCAAAAUAAGUGGGAAGUAAUUUGUAUAAGACUAGAUAAACAUUGUUAUUGUUUCAACUUUGCUAAGCAAAGCACAUUUUCAUUAUCUAGCCAUUGUCACUUCCCAAAGAGAGGAAAUAAUUGAGUAGUUUUGAUUCAUCCUAAACAAAAUAUCAAAUGAUGUACGAAUAAGCAGAAUUGAGUUCAUAAUACAUGGCCGGUGUGU